CGCCAAAAUACGUUCUUGUCGACCCGACCGUCGCGACGCUAUCAGGUGGUUUUGACUUUUCUUUUUGUGGUGCAUUUCUUUUGAACGAGACCACAAAAUAAACAAAAUGUGCACCGCUGUCUUGCAAUUGCCGUUUCAGCAGCGUAUCAUCAUGAUUGUUUUGUACAUUAUUUGAUAAUGAUUAAAAAAAUAUUUUGUAAGCGACAAGUAUUUUAAUCAACCUACCCAAAAAAACUCUUAUCAAAUUGACCAGACUGAAAAAUGACUAAAAAGUGCGCAACGGAGAAAAGCGUCCGGAACUUUGGCAUUACAACCAGACCUCACGCCAAUGAUGGACUUUGGCUAAGCGGUGUACUAUUUUUGUGUCAAGCUGUGAACGUGUGGAAUCGUGACAAUCAUGGCACCAGCCUGGACUAUAAACGGUCCACUAUCCUAAGUUUUGGGCUUGCACUGCAAACUGUUUGGAUCUUCAUAUCACUGCGCACCAGAAGGUUUCAAAGACCUACCGGAAAACUGCUUUAUAGCUGCACCAGCAUCGGGACGACCAGCUUCUUGCUGUGGGUAUGCUUGAAGGAUAAUGUUGUAUUUGUUUCAGUAAGCGCAGUACUGGGGAUCACUUUGUAUAAUUGGAUCUAUUUCAAAAUGCUCAAGCAACUGCCCAAAAGCUUUACGCUGGGUGAAGCGGCAGUUGUUGGCCAAGGAGUUACGAUUUUUGCGUACUACGCUUUCCUACAGUUACCGAGGGCUGCACUCGAUAGUGGGCCGUCAGUGAACCAGGACGUGAUGCAUCUAGUUUUGCAGAUCAUACUUACUGGAAUCGGUACCAUUAUCACAUUAUGCCACAUUUUACCGUUCCUACGAAACACAGUUUGGUUCUACUUGAUAACCAUAGUUAUCGCAUCCGGCACUGCGUUGUUUCCUAUUUUUGGCAAGCCCACUAUCCUCCUAUUGUUUCAGUUUAUUCUAAGUGACACAAACCGCAUGCUGGUGAUUGCUCUCUAUAUGAGUCUUUUGAUAUUAACCAGCUUUUUUGUAGUCUAUCAAAUCAACGGUCAGACCAACGCUAAUACUGCAACGAGAAAGAUAUUUCACAUCGCAAUUGUGCUGGUGUUCCUUCCGGGACUUUGGUCCCAGUGCACACUGCUUCAUCUGGCAUCCGGAUUGAUGUUAGGGCUUCUGCUUAUGCUGGAGACUGCUCGUGUGAUCCAUCUGGAACCAAUCCAUUCCUCGCUAGAUACGGCGGUACGUAACUUCAUCGAUGAAAAGGAUGCAGGUCCAGUCGCGCUCACUCCGAUUUACCUGCUAGUUGGUUGUUCACUGCCCAUGUGGCUUCACCCAGUGCCAUGCGAUUUGACCGACUCAGCUGGAAGAAAUUUACCCAAGCUACUUGCCGGGGUACUAUCGGUGGGUAUCGGAGACACGAUGGCAAGCGUUUGUGGUUAUCUGGUUGGUAGGCAUAAAUGGCCAGGGACAAACAAAUCCGUCGAAGGUACGCUGGCCAGUAUCGUUAGCCAAGCUGGUACGAUGUUUCUUCUGUACUGGCUUGGUUUUAUUCAUUUAAAUACACUGCGAGCGGCAACAACAGGGGCUGCUAUUAUCAUUAAUGCGCUAGUUGAAGCAAAAACUAGUCAAGUGGAUAAUCUGGUGUUACCUAUGGUGACUUACAUUGUGUUAGGCACAGCGUAAAUGACAAGUUGUUUUGUUGAUUAUUUUAUGCAUAAUAAAUGUUAUUUCUUAUAAAAAAAAA